AUGAAACCCACCACAGCAGUCCUUUCCCUUCACGUCACCGGAUCUAUAGCAUCCUUAUUCGACACCAUCUUGCCUACAGAAAGACCAACAAUCACAAGCGACCCUUCAGAAUGCACAACCCGCUCCUUCGAGUCCUUCUUUGACGUCCACAAACCAACUGGAGAACUCGGCUCUGCCUUUUUAUCUUUUGGCAGCGAGCUGAACAAAGGCUGCAAGUCAACCUUUAUUGAUGUCAUGGGGAGAUCCGCCUGCACCAACCCCCCUCGAUCAAAAGUGUGUUCCUUCUCAGACUAUGUGCCAUCAACUCUAUUGUCUGAGUACUGGUCCUUUGGUAGCGUGGCGUCAUCGUGGUGGGCUGAGCAUAGUUCCCAAGCUGUUGAGAAUGCCGCGUACUGUCCCAACCGAUGGUAUAGAGCUAUGAAAGCGGUACCUUAUGGGGAAGUGUGGUUGAAUGACACCCUCGCGAUUGUCGGUUGCUACGUCGCAGCGCACGCGACGAGUGCAUCGACAGAUACCCAGGCGCCAACAGCAACGAGUGGUAUAGGAGUCAGUCAGACUGGUGCCAAAGCUACUGACACGCCGGAAAACUCCAAUGGUGGUGGACGAGGCCAAAGCGUUGAAUUAUGGUCGGUCGCCGUAGCAGGACUCGCUGUGGCAGCAGUGAACUCGUUGUAG